UCAUUACAAUUUUCCUUUUUUUUUUUUCUUUCUUUCUUUCUACCAGCCAUCCAUAAACACCAUACAUAACUAUUCAUUUCACAUUUGCUUUCCCUUUACUGUUUCUCUCUCUCUCUCUGUCUCUGCUUUCCUUCAUUGCAAACCAAGCUUCCUUUCCAGCUUGGUCUGGUCCUGCCCUCAGACACAACACAGUACCCACCAACCGUUUUUACCACAUUUACUCUUUCUCUUCUCUAAUUAGUAAAAUACAACCAUUCUCUCUCUGCCUCUCUAUUUUUCCCAUCAAAAUAAGAUUUUUGUCUGGCAUUCCCUUCCAUUUUCUCUUAUAUUAAUAUUUUUUACAUUUUAUUUUUUUGUUUAAGUGUGGCCCACUUGUUACCUACUGUUGUGCCACUACAUCUUUUGCAGCAUCUGGAUUUUGCUGUAGGGUAUGUGUGUUGCUCAUCCUCCGGUAAUCUUUGCACAUUAAGUCUCUCGUCGGUUCAAAAUGAGGCGUGAAACCUGUUGCUUCUUUGGGUAGAGGAUUCAGGAGUCUAGCUACCUUGGAUCACCACAAAGUAUGUUCAGAUGUGUGUUUCGAAGUCUUGAGUAAGAGGAGUACUUAACUUGAAUCCUGUACUUGAGUGGGAAUGUCUUGGUUCUACCAGCUGAAGAACUUGUGGGGAUGAUAUUGAUUGACUCGGUGCAACCAAUUAUGUCAUCCAACAGUUCUUUGAAUAUGGAAUUGUCAAAGAAGACGUCAUUUUUGGGUUUGAAACGAUGGGUUUUGAUUGGGAUAGGUGUCGGUGCAUUUAUAGUGCUGAUUUUGUGUAUAUUAUCGAUAUGGGCGAUGUUUCGGAGAAAGUCUAGGAGAUCUCUGGACAAGUAUUCUGUAUCCCAAAUACCAAAUUUCUCAAAAGAUAUCGAUGUUGACAAGGUUGGGGUGCAGAGUUCUCAUGUUCAACCAGAAAAUGUGGUUAUUCCUGUUCAUGACAAGGCAAGUGACAAGAAUUCAGAUAAUGUAUCAGUUCAUUUGGGAAAUAGCAAAUCUGGUGAUCCUGAUAAUAUCAGUCAGUGCAGCUCAAUUUAUCAUCAUGAGAGAGGAUUGAGUUCAAUGUCCGCCGAAGAAGGAAGCUCUGGGAAUGUUAAGAAGCAAUCUACGUUGUCACAUGGAGGGCUGGCCACUGCCUCUCCUUUAGUUGGCUUGCCAGAAUUUUCUCAUCUUGGGUGGGGCCACUGGUUUACACUUAGAGAUCUGGAAAUGGCAACCAAUCAUUUCUCAAGCGAGAACAUCAUUGGCGAGGGUGGAUAUGGGAUUGUUUACAGGGGCAGACUGGUUAAUGGAACCGAGGUGGCAGUGAAGAAGCUUCUUAACAACUUGGGCCAAGCUGAGAAAGAAUUCAGGGUUGAAGUGGAGGCUAUAGGCCAUGUUAGACAUAAGCAUCUUGUACGCCUUCUUGGAUAUUGUGUAGAAGGAGUUCACAGGCUGCUUGUGUAUGAAUAUGUGAACAAUGGUAACUUAGAACAAUGGUUACAUGGAGACAUGCAUCAAUAUGGAACACUUACCUGGGAGGCCCGCAUGAAAGUUAUACUUGGCACUGCCAAAGCGCUUGCUUAUUUACAUGAAGCAAUAGAACCAAAAGUUAUUCACCGGGAUAUAAAGUCUAGCAACAUAUUGAUUGAUGAUGAAUUCAAUGCAAAGGUUUCUGAUUUUGGUUUGGCCAAACUUUUGGAUUCAGGCGAAAGUCACAUAACCACUAGAGUAAUGGGAACGUUUGGUUAUGUGGCACCAGAAUAUGCUAACAGCGGUUUGUUAAAUGAGAAGAGUGACAUUUACAGCUUUGGUGUCCUCUUGCUGGAAGCAGUUACUGGAAGGGACCCUGUAGACUAUGCGCGUCCUGCUAAUGAGGUUAAUCUAGUUGAAUGGCUCAAAACGAUGGUGGGGACACGGAGAGCUGAAGAAGUAGUGGACUCAAGCCUUCAAGUUAAACCACCACUGCGUGCUUUGAAGCGCACUCUUUUGGUUGCACUUAGGUGCAUAGAUCCUGAUGCUGACAAGAGGCCCAAAAUGAGUCAAGUUGUGAGGAUGCUUGAAGCUGACGAAUAUCCACUUCGAGAGGAUAGAAGGAAAAGAAAGAGUGGCACUGCCAGCAUGGAAAUUGAAACCGUGAAGGAUAUUUCUGGUCCAUCUGAUGCUGAAAAGAUGGGAAUUUCUGAAAGCCACGUUGAAGAAUAGGAUUGACAACCCCAUGACUUAGCCUGCAAGUACAAUUCCCGUUAUACACACGUUAUAUAUAUAGUAACUUAUCUAUACCAUAUUGAAAUAUCUCCAACUUUGUGACCUUAAGAAAAUUUUGUUUCAUCUGAGGAUAGAAUCAGAUCAGAGUGAGCUUUUGUUUUGUUUUGUUUUUGUUUUUAAUUGAAUGGUUGCCAUUGAAGAUAUGAUACACUAGCUAGCCUUGCAAAGAGGGUAGAAUCAGUAUGGGUGGUGUGAGUAUUAGUGUUGUACAGAUGCUUUGGGGCCUAUCCUUCUUACAUGAUUGUUGAUUUUCUUUCUUAA